GUCAGGAUGUGGUAUGUGGUGACCUGUCUGGAAACAGGCAGGCUUUAUAUACAACUCUUCACUCACAACUCUUUGUCUGGUCAAAACCUUUUAUCUGAAAGGCGCUGCUGAAGACUGAGGCUGCUUGCCUACCCGCAGAGAUGGAAGGUAACAUGCAGAUGUUUGCUCCAAUGUGUUUGCUCCUUUGCUGGAUGCUGCCUGUAUGCUCCAUGAAGAUCAGUUUUAUCGUCAGUCUACCAGAGGCAAACCUGGGCAUCCAAAUGAACAUGGUUGAAACGGCUGUUGAUGACAUGUACAUUGGCUGCAACGAAACAAUGACAACAAUGAUCAAGGACAAAUACUUUAAAGAAGAGAACACUGGAAAAUUUGCGGAUGUCUGGAAAAGAGCACAACGUUUUGUCGAGAAGAGACUCAAAAAUAGAGAUAAAGGGGAUGAGGCUCUAACUAAAGAUCACAUGCAAGCAAUCUGUGUUUAUACAGCUGAAUAUCCAAAGUUUUAUGGGACGUUUAAUGAUGAAAUCCAGAAGGGCAUGAGCACAUAUAGAACUUCCUUCCCAUUUCACUCCUUACAUUUCUGGCUGACAUCCGCUGUACAGAUCCUCAAUAAUAAUAAAAACUGUCACACUUCUUACCGUAGAACCCAUUCUCAGUAUAGUGGCAAUGUCAAUCAAAUAAUGCGGUUUGGUUUCUUUGCCUCCAGCUCUUACAAAACAACACAGUACUGCUUUGGUAAAAAGACCUGCUUUAAAAUUAAAACCUGUUCAGGUGCUUUCCUGAAACAUUAUCCCUGUCUUGGAAAAGAAGAGCAAGAGGUGCUCAUCCCUCCCUAUGAGAAGUUCAAGAUAAUUAAGAAAACGAAGGGUCUAUAUGUCGAAGGUCUGGUUGACUGUGAGGUUGUCUAUAUCCUGGAGAGCGCAGGCGUUCACAGCAAUCUGAACUGCAACGCCGCCUAUGAGAGACCUAUGGUUGAUCAACUGGUUGAGCGGAGUGAAACCAUUUUAGUCUGGUAAUGCAAACUGCAUUUGAUGCUUCUUAAAUCAACCUCAUUACCACACGUCUAUGCAAUUUCCUUAACCCAUGGUUGUUGAUUUUUUUUUGCUGAAGCUUCAAGUCUGUCUUGUGAGGCCCUUUGACCUCUUCUGUUUAACCAUUCAAAUCAGGAUUUAAGUGUGACAAUUACAUCAAUGAGGUAGAUAAAUUAUGCUUAAUGUUCAAUAAGAAUAAACCAAACAUCUUUAUUUUUUCAAUUGUCAUUAUUUAUUGCCUCAUGAUCAUGAACACAUGCUCGCUCUUCCAUGUAGGUAGUGUCCAAUAGUGGUACAAUAAAAAAAGUCCAAGCACAAGUUGUUGUUCUUUGAGAAUUUGAUCGACUGUGAAUUUGCACCACUGAAGCAAAAAUAUCAACCGGUUUCUUGCAUAUUAUGUGAUUAAUAUGAUUAAUUAUUUUAGUGUA